CAGAAGUGUUGGAAGAAUGCAUUGCUGUGCAUCAGUACUUUUACGCCUUAAGUUAAUCUAUACUGUUUAGAUAAGAUGCUAGGACUUUCUAACGAGGUGUUUUAGAAUUGUAGUUUAUUUAUUCGUGCGUUAAUACGGUAAAGCGGCAUUAUGGGAAUGGUGAGGUCUGCUUGUGUGGCUCUCUGCAAAACUAUUACCACCAUGGCACAGUUCAAAUUCAUUGAUAUUGGUGUGAACCUGACUGAUCCCAUGUUUAGAGGACUUUACAGGGGGAAGCAGAAACAUGACGAUGACUUUCAUCAGAUCAUCACCAGAGCUCUCGGAGUUGGAGUUGAAAAGUUUAUGAUCACUGGAGGGAACCUUGAAGAUAGCAAAGAAGCUGUCAAACUGGCUGAGACCCGAGAGGAAUUUUACUGCACAGUUGGUUGCCAUCCCACUCGCUGCAGUGAGUUUGAGCAGAAUGGAGAAUCACAGUACUUCUCAGGGCUGAAGGAGCUGACAGCGGCACACAGAGGAAAGGUGGUGGCCAUAGGAGAGUGUGGUCUAGAUUUUGACAGGUUGGAGUUUUGCCCUAAAGAGACUCAAUUGAAAUAUUUUGAGAAGCAGUUUGACUUGGCCGAAGAGACCAAGCUGCCCAUGUUCCUCCACUGCAGAAACUCCCACCAGGAAUUCAUUGAUAUCAUGAAGAGAAAUCGAGACCGAUGUGUUGGAGGAGUGGUCCACUCGUUUGAUGGGACGGCAGAGGACGCUGCUGCUCUCAUUGACCUAGACCUAUAUAUUGGAAUAAAUGGAUGCUCCUUGAAAACAGAAACCAAUAUUGGAGCAAUGAAGUCUAUCCCCACUGAGCGACUCAUGAUUGAAACUGAUGCUCCAUGGUGUGGUGUGAAGAACACUCACGCUGGCUCCAAAUAUGUUAAAACAACAUUUCCCACAAAGAAGAAAUGGGAAGCAGGACACUGCCUGAAGGACCGAAAUGAGCCCUGCCAUAUCAUACAAGUUUUAGAGGUGAUGGCAGCUGCAAGGGAGGUGGAUCCAGUGGAGUUAGCCAACUCAAUUUACAACAAUACCAUCAAAGUGUUUUUCAGCUCCAGCUGAUGGUAAAAACAUGUAGAGCUGUGCUCUUAUACAAAUCUAUGUAUAUUUCGUGCCUCAAUAAAUUUAUGGGUUAUACAUA